CUUCCCGCAGUGGAACGACGGUCACCGCCAUUUUCAUUUCAUCUCUCCGAGUUGCCGUACCGUGUCCACGUUUCGGCUACGCGGUCCCGAAACAUUAAAUAAAAAUCCGCUGACAUCGGCGGAUUUUUACGAAUUCGAAACACCUAUCAGCAUGGCAGCCUGAAACUUAUCUGCGAGCACGAAGCUAACGCUGACAAAUUAAACUUCUUAUAACGGAUUAUCAGCCGCAUUCACGAUGUAUCUGUAUAAUCUAACACUGCAGCGCGCCACCGGCAUCACCCAUGCCGUCCAUGGUAAUUUUUCCGGCAGUAAAAUGCAAGAGAUACUUGUUUCACGCGGCAAGUCGCUCGAGCUGCUCAGGCCCGACCCGAACACUGGAAAAGUUCACACCCUCUUGACCGUCGAGGUUUUUGGCAUCGUCAGGUCUCUUAUGGCCUUCAGGCUUACGGGGGGCACCAAGGAUUACAUUGUCGUUGGGUCUGACUCUGGUCGCAUUGUCAUUCUAGAAUAUAUUCCUGCUAAAAAUGCCUUCGACAAGGUGCACCAAGAAACCUUUGGCAAAAGUGGUUGUAGAAGAAUUGUACCUGGACAAUAUCUAGCCAUUGAUCCAAAAGGAAGAGCAGUUAUGAUCGGUGCUAUCGAGAAGCAGAAACUGGUUUACAUAUUGAACAGGGAUCCAGAAGCCCGUUUAACGAUCUCGUCUCCCCUUGAAGCCCACAAAAGCAACACUCUAGUCUAUCACACAGUUGGUGUAGAUGUUGGAUUUGAAAAUCCAAUGUUUGCCUGCUUGGAAAUUGACUAUGAGGAAGCAGACAGUGAUCCGACUGGAGACGCAGCUGUUAAAACUCAGCAAACGUUGACCUUAUACGAGCUUGAUCUUGGAUUGAAUCACGUAGUGAGAAAGCACAGUGAACCUCUAGAGGAGCAUGCAAAUUUCCUUGUUUCUGUUCCUGGAGGAAAUGAUGGUCCCAGCGGUGUCCUUAUCUGUUCGGAAAAUUACCUAACCUACAAGAAUCUUGGGGAUCAGCACGACAUCCGUUGCCCAAUUCCCAGACGUAGAAAUGAUUUGGACGACCCUGAGCGCGGGAUGAUCUUCGUCUGUUCAGCAACUCACAAAACCAAGAGCAUGUUCUUCUUUCUUGCCCAAACUGAGCAAGGGGAUAUUUUCAAAAUCACCUUGGAAACUGAUGAAGAUAUGGUAACGGAAAUAAAACUCAAGUAUUUCGACACAGUUCCUGUCGCCACAAGCAUGUGUGUCCUGAAAACAGGUUUCUUGUUCGUCGCCUCUGAAUUUGGAAAUCACUACCUGUACCAGAUUGCUCAUCUUGGUGACGAUGACGACGAACCAGAGUUCAGUUCAGCAAUGCCACUUGAAGAAGGUGAUACCUUCUUUUUUGCUCCCAGACCACUCAGGAACUUGGUUCUAGUUGAUGAAAUGGACAGCCUAUCACCGAUCAUGACUUGUCAGGUCGCUGAUUUGGCCAAUGAAGAUACUCCUCAACUGUACAUGACUUGUGGUAGAGGUCCAAGAUCCACGCUGCGAGUUUUGCGUCAUGGUCUCGAAGUUUCGGAAAUGGCAGUCAGUGAGCUGCCUGGAAACCCAAAUGCAGUCUGGACAGUGAAACGAAGAGUUGACGAAGAGUAUGAUGCAUACAUCAUAGUGUCCUUCGUCAAUGCCACUCUUGUGCUUAGCAUCGGUGAGACUGUUGAAGAAGUAACGGACUCUGGUUUCCUCGGUACGACACCUACCCUCAGUUGUUCUGCCCUCGGAGAAGACGCCUUAGUACAGGUGUAUCCUGAUGGAAUUCGUCACAUUAGGGCCGAUAAACGAGUAAACGAGUGGAAAGCACCAGGUAAAAAGACCAUUGUAAAAUGCGCUGUGAAUCAACGCCAGGUUGUGAUUGCCUUGACGGGAGGAGAACUGGUAUACUUUGAGAUGGAUCCUACUGGCCAACUCAAUGAGUACACAGAGAGAAAGAAAAUGCCAUCCGAAGUGAUGUGCAUGGCCCUUGGUAACGUCGCCGCUGGAGAACAAAGAUCCUGGUUCCUUGCUGUUGGACUUCAAGACAAUACAGUCAGAAUCAUUUCCCUAGAUCCAUCUGACUGUCUGGCACCCAGAAGUAUGCAGGCCUUGCCUGCAGCUGCUGAGAGUCUCUGCAUUGUUGAAAUGGGGUCUAAGGAAGCUGACAAUUCGGAAGAUUCUGUCUCUCAGCAAUCAAGUUUAUACCUGAAUAUAGGUUUGCAAAACGGCGUACUUCUAAGAACGGUUUUGGACCCGAUUUCCGGUGAUUUAGCCGAUACGCGAACUCGAUAUUUGGGGUCCCGACCGGUAAAAUUAUUCAGAAUAAAGAUGCAAGGCAAUCAAGCGGUGUUGGCGAUGUCCAGUCGCUCUUGGCUCAGCUACUACUAUCAAAAUCGUUUUCAUCUGACACCUUUAUCGUAUGAAAGUCUGGAGUUCGCGUCCGGUUUCAGUUCCGAACAAUGUCCCGAAGGCAUAGUCGCUAUAUCCACAAAUACCCUGAGGAUUCUAGCUCUCGAAAAACUUGGUGCUGUUUUUAACCAAGUCAGUUUUCCGCUUGAGUACACGCCACGUAAAUUUGUGAUUCACCCUGAUUCUGCCCAUCUAAUCAUCCUCGAAACCGAGCAUAAUGCAUACACUGAAGAAACUAAGCAACAGAGACGCCUGCAAAUGGCCGAGGAAAUGCAGGAGGCCGCUGGAGCCGAGGAAGCGGCUGUCGCCAGGGAGUUGGCCGAAGCUUUUCUGUCUGAAGAACCAAAUGAAGCUGUAUUCGGCGCUCCUAGAGCCGGACCGGGGCUGUGGGCCUCAACUUUGAGACUGAUGGCACCUGCCACUGGACAAACCUUGGAGCUACAUCGAUUGGAACAAAAUUACGCCGCUUUAUGUUUGUCAUUAGUCAGAUUUGCUAAUCAGGGUGAUCAACAAUUCCUCAUCGUUGGUGUAGCAAAGGACUAUCAGCUUAAUCCUAGAGUGAGCAACGGCGGGUUUUUAUACACCUAUAAAGUAAACAUAGACUGUACAAACCUUGAACUUAUGCAUAAAACUGUGAUGGACGAGGUUCCUCUGGCAAUUUGUUCUUACCAAGGACGAGUCCUGGUCGGAGUUGGAAGGAUGUUGCGUCUGUAUGACAUGGGCAAAAAAAAACUUCUUCGAAAAUGUGAAAACAAGCACAUUCCAAAUGCCGUGGUAUCAAUAAACGCCGUAGGUCAACGUAUAUACGUUAGCGACGUUCAGGAAUCCGUAUAUGCAGUUAGAUACAAACGACAAGAAAAUCAACUAAUCGUAUUUGCUGACGAUACGCAUCCGCGAUGGGUCACGACAACUUGCGUUCUUGACUACGAUACUGUCGCAACGGCUGAUAAAUUUGGGAACAUUGCUGUGAUUCGCUUAGCUUCAGGAAUAAAUGAUGACGUCGACGAGGAUCCAACCGGAAAUAAAGCACUUUGGGAUCGCGGACUGCUAAACGGAGCAAGUCAAAAAGCCGAUACCGUGGCGUGUUUCCACAUAGGAGAGACUGUGAUGUCAUUACAAAAGGCUACGUUGAUACCUGGAGGUUCUGAAAGUUUGGUGUACACGACGUUGAGUGGAACAGUUGGCGUCCUCGUGCCAUUCACGAGUCACGAAGACCACGACUUUUUUCAACAUUUGGAAAUGCAUAUGAGAUCGGAACAUCCGCCGCUCUGUGGUCGCGACCAUCUUUCAUUUCGAUCUUAUUAUUAUCCUGUCAAAAAUGUAAUCGACGGUGAUCUUUGCGAACAGUUCAAUUCGAUUGAACCAACCAAACAGAAGGGUAUAUCGGGUGAUCUGGAAAGAACGCCCUCUGAGGUCUCAAAAAAACUUGAGGACGUCAGAACUCGAUACGCCUUCUAAGCUUAUUAUGAAAGGGGUCUCCCUUUGAGAAACCACACCGUAAAGUGAAGUCGCGCUCGACUGAAUGACCCUUAUUGUGUUGGAAACAUCAUUCAGACCGUAUAAGGUGACAGGGUAAAAAUAUUUUACGGUAUUGAUCUUACACUUUCGACUUCCCUUUGUUUAACGGCGGGCUGUGAGUAAAACUCGCUGAUGUUUUUUAAGCUAGUUAACUUUGGUAAAAAAAAAAGUAGCAAUACUUGCUAUAAUGAAAUACUCAAUUAUCGCCCAAUACAUGUAUUAAUAAGAGAAAUUGUAGAAAAUGUAAUUCCACGAGUAUGAAACUCUGCUUCGACUGCACAAAUUUCAUUGUUUAGUCUAUGAAUUUGAUUCGACGUCGAAUUUUGUUAGAAUUAAAAAGCGAAACGCCGACCUAACGAACUCCGAAGUUCGUCAUAAAAAAAAUUUCUCUUGGCUUAUCAAUUGAACUUUAGAGCGUAUAAUUUUCGCCUACUUAAUGUGAAGGAAUGCAAGAAAUUCUCUAAAGCAUAUCUAUUAUUCGAUUACCCAGAUUCACGAUAAACUUCCUGAAAUAAAAUCUAGUUUUUUUAAUGAUAAUAUUGCUUUGUGAGUUAACCACAAAAGUGCUUUGGAGCAACUGAAAGCAACAUUAGACUUGCAAAAAUUGAAACACGCAAUCACACAACGUUGUUAAGACUGAUUAAAAGUGAAUUAAUAAGGCAAAAAAUCGGUACAUUGUUCAAUCUCAAGAAAUAGUUUCAGCUUGUCAAUGUAAUUCAUUUCCGAAUUUUUUAUUCGAGCGUGGUAUCGUGUUCCGUUGCUUAAAGGGGGACGGUUGAAUGGCUCCUUGUAUUAGAAUAUGUUCGGUUGUAUUUAUUAUUAUCACCAACUUCGUGAAUAUUUGACUAAUAAAAAGUGGCAAUGGAUAAAACUAA